AGCUUGGCUGUGCGCUCCGGUGGCCCCUGGCGCUCUCUUCCGGGACCCAUGAGACUCCGAGCAGAGUAGCUGCCCCGGGGAGGUGGUCGGGGAUCUGAGUGGCCGCUUGGGCUAGCACGCCCUGGGAUUUCAGCCCCCUCAGCCGAGCCUCAAAGACGUAAUGGAGAUCUCGUCGGUGGCGUCGGCGUCCUCCGGAGCCGGAAGCAGCCGCUCCCAGGAAAUCGAAGAGCUGGAGAGGUUCAUCGAUAGCUACGUCCUGGAAUAUCAGGUUCAGGGGUUAUUAUCCGACAAGAUCGAGGGCGACGGCGAAAGCGACCAAACCCAGUCCAACGUCUCGCAGUGGACCGUGGAGUGCACCGAUCAGUUUGAUGUCGGCAGAACCUCCCCGAAGAAGAAAGGAACUUCCUACAGUCCCAACCAGAAUGGUAACAAAGAUGGCACCCUUGACAUGCUGGGUACCGAGAUCUGGGCUGCAAGCACGUUCGACUCGAUAAGUGGAGCAACCUGGGAUUUACAACCAGAAAAGCUUGACUUCACCCAAUUUCACCGAAAACUGCGAAAUCCCCCAAAGCACCCUCUGCCCCAGAUAGACCGAGAAGGGUUUGGAAAAGGAAAGUGUGACGAUGGGGGAGAAAUUAAUCUCAAUGACAUCGAAAAAGUCCUCCCUACGUGGCCAGGCUUUCACCAAGCUCCUCACGAGGCGGAGAUCGCACAAACCAAAAAGUUAUUCAGGCGGAAGCGAAACGAUCGCAGGAAACAGCAGAAAUCACAAGGGGGCAAUAAGCAGCCGCAGCCACAACAAAAUGAAGUCCAACCAGUCACUGCCAAACCCAGCGCGAGGGAGCACCAAAAACAAUACCAAGGAAGCCAAGCAUCGCACUCAGGCAAGCAGGGCCACCACGGCUACAGCCAAAACCGCCGAUGGCACCACAACCAGAAGCACCUGCCAAACGACAGAGACCUUCAGAGACAUGCCAAAGACACCGACAACCUGAACUCGGAGGACUCCUCGGUCUGCACGGUCCACAUCCCCCUAGAAAGUCACAGGAGCGCAGGCACGUCGGAAAGGACAUCGCCGGGCGGCAGGGAGUCCGAAACAAAGCAGAAAGGGGGCUUUCAGAACAGGGACAGGGAGAGGCCUAAAGUGAAUUUGCUGCAAUCUUCGAAAGACAGGCUGCGGCGACGAUUGAAGGAAAAGGAAGAAUUUGCGGUCGAGUCCACCAGUCCUCAAAAGACCAAAAUGGACAAACUCAUUGAGAUAUUAAACAGCAUGAGGAAUAACAGCAGCGACGUGGACUGCAAGCUCACCACGUUCAUGGAGGAGGCGCAGAAUUCGGCGAACUCCGAGGAAAUGCUGGGCGAGAUAGUAAAGACGAUCUAUCAGAAAGCCGUCACCGACAGGAGCUUCGCGCACACGGCUGCCAAACUCUGCGACAAAAUGGCGCUCUUCAUGGUGGAAGGAACCAAAUUCCGCAGCCUGCUGCUCAACAUGUUACAGAAGGAUUUCUCCGUUCGAGACGAGCUGCGCCGGUCGGACGUGGAGCGAUGGUUGGGAUUCAUCAGCUUUCUGUGUGAAGUCUUUGGAACGAUGAGGAGCAACACAGGAGAGCCCUUCAGGGUCCUCGUCUGCCCCAUCUAUACCUGCCUUAGGGAGUUGUUACAGUCCCAAGAUGUGAAGGAAGAUGCGGUUCUGUGCUGCUCCAUGGAGCUGCAAAGCACCGGACGCCUGCUGGAGGAGCAGCUGCCCGAGAUGAUGACGGAGCUGCUGGCGACGGCGCGAGACACGAUGCUGUGUCCCUCGGAGUCCACGCUGACGCGAUCCCUCCUGCUUGAGGUCAUAGAGCUACAUGCCAACAGCUGGAACCCCUUGACGCCAACCAUCACGCAGUACUACAACAAGACCAUCCAGAAACUCACGGGCUGACCGGGCAUGGGGGGGCCGGGACCGGCCAUGGGACGCCACUUGAGGGUAGGGGGGAGAGAGACAGAGAAAGGAGAAAAAUACGGCAAACCAGAAUGUACCUUACAAACUGGACUCAAGAACACUUCUCUGCCAACGCUAAAGACUCAUUAUGAAUUAUUAGAUCCGAUUUAACGGCAUGCUCGCGAAGCUUAUUCAAUGAAGGGGGGGGCGUUGUUUCAGCCUCCUUGCUUCUUGC